AUGUUGGCCUUUGCAUUUGUCCUGCUGCUUCUGAACAGCAUGGAUGAAGCUAGGGGACAGACAACAGCUACAUCACUUUCUACAACUACACUAACAACAAUUGCAUCACCCGCCACAAUCACACCACUAACAUCUUUGCUAACAACUACACCAUUAGCAACCGCAUCACCCUCUACAACAACUUCAACACAAACAUCUAUCAACAUCUACAUCUAUGACAACAACUACACCACCUACUUCAACAACUACGCUAACAGCUACACCAUCAACAACUACACCAUUUUCUACAGCAACUACACCAACAACAGCUACAUCCUUUACUACAAUAACUACAUCACAAACAUCUACUCUGUCUCCUUCGACAGCUGCAACAUCUCCUACAAUGACUACACCAACAACUACAUCACCAGCAGCAGCAACCACUCCACAGACUACAACUACUACAGCAACAUCUACAUCUAUGACAACAACUACACCACCCACUUCAACAACUACACUAACAAGUACAUCAUCGAAAACUACAUCAUUUUCUACUGCAACUACACCAACAUCAGCUACAUCCUUUACUACAAUAACUACAUCACAAACAUCUACUCUGCCUUCUUCAACAGCUGCAACAUCUCCUUCAAUGACUACACCAACUACGUCUCCAGCAGCAUCAACUACUCCACAGACCACAGUUACUACACCUACUUCUACAUGGACUACACCAACUCCAGCUGCAUCAAGCACAACACCUUCACCAGCUACCAGAGACGACAGCUUUUCAAAUACAACCUUCCUUACAACAACCAUAACAACUACAUCACCAUCUACAACAACUACACCAUCAACAACUUCAUCACCCUCUACAACAACCACACAGCCAACAUCUAUGCCUACAACUACUACAUCACCUCCUACAACAACUACACUAUCAACAACUACAUUACCCCCAACAACAACCCUUACACCAACAACUACUACACCACUUCCUACACCACCAACAACAUUCCUUACAAUAACUACACCACCUUCAGCAACAACCACGCUACCAACAUCAGUACCAACAGCAACUACAUUACCUCCUACAACUACUCUAUUGACAACCACAACAGCUCCCACAACUACAUCACCAUCUACAACUACUACACCAUCAACAACUUCAUCACCCCCAACAACAACCACACCAACAACUACUACACCACUUCCUACACCACCAAUAACAACCCUUACAAUAACUACACCACCUUCUACAACAACCACGCUACCAACAUCAACACAAGACCUUCCAGUACAAUGUCACAACCAACAUCCAUGCCAACAACAACUACACCAUCAACAACCACAUCACCUCCUACAACAACUAAACCAGCGACAUCUACAUCUAUCACAACUGCACCACCUACUUCAACGACUACACUAACAAAGAUGAUCAGACAAGUUUCAGUGGUGAAGUUCAAUGUUCGGUCCAAAGCUGACGAAGAGAAAAUGCUGAUUGCCAUUCAGAAUGGAAGCGCUACUGGAGACAAUUGA